AUGUCGACCCUCCUGCGCUGCAUUUCGAGCUCCUGCCUGGCUCUGUCCCACAGAAGGGUGCACCAGAAAACUCUGGGACGGAGGCAUUUUAGGACUUUCCAAGUAUUAUGGGACAAACAGGCGUCCAGAGGUGUGCCCUAUAAGGACCUGGUGGUGGGGGUCCCCAAGGAGAGCGUGCAGAACGAGCGUCGCGUGGCUUUGUCUCCGGCCGGCGUCCAGGCGCUGGUCAAACAGGGCUUCCAGGUGCAGGUGGAGAGUGGAGCCGGGAACGAUUCCCAGUUCUCCGACCAGGACUACAAAGAUGCGGGAGCCAGCAUCACCGACGUCCAGGGAGCUCUGGGCUCCGACUUGGUCCUCAAGGUCCGAGCUCCCACUCUGACUGAAACGGAGCUCCUGAAGCCCAAGUCCACGCUGGUGAGCUUCAUCUACCCGGCCCAGAACCCGGAGCUGAUGAAGAAGCUGUCGGAGAGGCAGAGCACCGUUCUGGCCAUGGACCAGGUGCCCCGAGUGACCAUCGCCCAGGGUUACGACGCUCUCAGCUCCAUGGCCAACAUCGCCGGGUACAAAGCUGUGGUUCUGGCUGCCAACCACUUUGGGAGGUUCUUCACCGGUCAGAUCACAGCUGCAGGAAAAGUGCCUCCAGCUAAGGUCCUGGUUAUUGGAGGUGGAGUGGCUGGUUUAGCAGCGGCAGGGGCAGCCAAGUCCAUGGGAGCCAUAGUAAGAGGAUUUGACACCAGGCCGGCGGCUCUGGAGCAGUUCAAGUCGUUCGGGGCAGAGCCUCUGGAAGUAAACAUCAAAGAGUCUGGCGAGGGGGUCGGAGGUUACGCCAAAGAGAUGUCAAAGGAGUUCAUCGAGGCCGAGAUGGCCCUUUUCGCCAAGCAGUGUAAAGAGGUCGACAUCCUCAUCAGCACUGCUCUGAUCCCAGGGAAGACGGCCCCCAUUUUGAUUAAGAAGGAGUUUGUGGAGUCCAUGAAGGACGGCUCUGUGGUGGUGGACCUGGCUGCGGAGGCCGGGGGCAACAUUGAGACCACCAAGCCUGGGGAGCUGCACGUUCACAAGGGAGUAACUCACAUCGGCUACACGGACCUCCCCAGCCGCAUGGCCACCCAGGCCAGCACUCUGUACUCAAACAACGUCCUGAAGCUGCUGAAGGCCAUCAGCCCCGACAAAGAGAACUUCCACUAUGAGCCCGUGGAGGAAUUUGACUACGGGACAAUUGACCAUGUCAUCCGUGGAACCCUUGUCAUGCAGGAGGGCAAGAACAUGUUCCCGUCUCCCCUCCCGAAAACCGUCCCCCCAGCCCCGGUGAAACAGAAAACAGUUGCAGAGCUGCAGGCUGAAAAAGCUGCAGCGGUUUCCCCCUUCAACCGCACCAUGACCUCUGCCGGUGCCUACACUGCAGGCGUCUCUACCUUGCUGGCUCUCGGCAUCAUCUCCCCCAACGCGGCUUUCACCCAGAUGGUGACCACCUUCGGGCUGGCCGGGAUUGUGGGCUACCACACGGUGUGGGGCGUGACGCCUGCCCUCCACUCGCCGCUCAUGUCCGUCACCAACGCCAUCUCAGGUCUGACUGCAGUUGGAGGCCUGGUGCUGAUGGGUGGAGGUCUCACGCCCUCCUCCCUCCCUGAGAGUCUCGCUCUGGCCGCCGCCUUUGUUUCCUCCAUCAACAUCGCCGGUGGUUUCCUCAUCACCCAGAGGAUGCUGGACAUGUUCAAACGUCCCACUGACCCCCCUGAGUACAACUACCUGUACGCACUGCCUGCGGCCAUGUUCGUUGGAGGAUACGGCGCCUCGGCAGCCGCGGGGUACCACAUCGAGCAGAUGAUGUACCUGGGCUCUGGCCUGUGCUGCGUGGGGGCCCUGGCCGGCCUCUCGGCCCAGCGCACCUCCCGCCUGGGGAACGCCCUGGGCAUGAUGGGAGUCACGGGGGGCAUCGCCGCCACCAUCGGGGUCCUCAAACCCUCCCCAGAGCUCCUGUCUCAGAUGUCUCUGGCCAUGGCCUCUGGGGGAGCCCUGGGUCUCACCAUUGCGAAGCGUAUUGAGAUCACAGACCUGCCGCAGCUGGUGGCCGCCUUCCACAGCCUGGUGGGGCUGGCCGCCGUCCUCACCUGCGUGGCCGAGUACAUGAUCGAGUUCCCACACCUGGACGCUCACCCGGCCGCGGGCGUGGUGAAGACCGUGGCCUACCUGGGCACCUACAUCGGCGGGGUCACCUUCAGUGGAUCUCUGGUGGCCUAUGGGAAGCUUCAAGGCCUCCUAAACUCGGCGCCCCUGCUGCUGCCUGGUCGACACAUGUUAAACGCCGGUUUGAUGGCGGCGUCCAUGGGGGGCAUGGUGCCCUUCAUGCUCAGUUCCACCUAUGGAACCGGCAUGGGGUGUCUGGUGGGAGUGUCUGGGCUUUCCACUGUAAUGGGUGUAACACUGACGGCUGCCAUCGGGGGGGCCGACAUGCCCGUGGUCAUCACCGUGCUGAACAGCUACUCGGGAUGGGCUCUUUGUGCUGAAGGCUUCCUGCUGGACAACAAUCUCAUGACCAUUGUCGGAGCCCUGAUCGGCUCCUCUGGUGCCAUCCUCUCAUACAUCAUGUGUGUGGCUAUGAACCGCUCGCUGCCCAACGUGAUCCUGGGUGGCUACGGCACGACCUCCACGGCCGGCGGGAAGCCCAUGGAGAUAGUUGGCACCCACACCGAGGUCAACGUGGACCAGACCAUCGACAUAAUCAAAGAGGCCAACAGCAUCAUCAUCACACCAGGUUGGGGUCUGUGUGCCGCCAAAGCCCAGUACCCCAUCGCGGACAUGGUCAAGAUGCUGAGGGAGCAAGGCAAGACGGUCAGGUUCGGCAUCCACCCCGUGGCCGGCCGUAUGCCCGGUCAGCUGAACGUCCUCCUGGCUGAGGCCGGCGUCCCCUACGACAUCGUCCUGGAGAUGGACGAGCUGAACGACGACUUCCCAGAGACGGACUUGACGCUGGUCAUCGGCGCCAACGACACGGUGAACUCCGCGGCACAGGAAGAUCCCAACUCCAUCAUAGCCGGCAUGCCUGUGCUGGAAGUCUGGAAGUCCAAACAGGUGAUCGUGAUGAAGCGUACCUUGGGAGUAGGCUACGCCGCCGUGGAUAACCCCAUCUUCUACAAACCCAACACAUCCAUGCUGCUGGGAGACGCCAAGAAGACCUGCGACAACCUUCAGGCCAAGAUCAGAGAAGUCUUCUACUAG